AUUUCUUAGAACAAAAUAAAGAGGAACCCUUUCAAAUACUUAUAGAUUCGUAUUUAAGAUAUCUUAAACAUAUUAUUCAAAGUGAACACGGAAGUAAAACAGAAAAGGCACGACUACUUAUAAACAAUUAUAAAGAGGGAAAUGCUAAAAGCGUUCAAGAUUCUAUGAGAAAAGGAAACUCUGAUUCGUAUUAUGAUAACGAGAAAAGCAAGGAAGACGACGAAAAUCAUGAAUCCAAUCUACAAGAUGAGAACAACAAACAAGCUAUAACUAGUGACAUGGAGAAUGAUUUAAGAGAAGUGGUAGAAUCAAUGGUUCCGAAUCGGAAGAAAUCAGCAGUGGACUUGCCGGUAUGCAUACAGAAAAAACAAAAUGACAUAACAUCUAAGAGGAAAUUAGAUGAUGUUGAGGAAGAUGACAUUUACGACAAUUUUGAAGUAGUGAGCAUCAAAGAUAGCACUCUCAUUGUGGGAGAAACAGAUAUUCGUGUAACAAUGGAGGAGUCGUGUAUAAAAUCCAACUACAUUUCAGAAAUCCACACAACCUAA